UAAAACGUUUCUGCGUUUGAAACGAAAGCGCGUCAGUUGGGUACCGGUAGCCUGGUAGUUUCGUAGUUCUUUUGUCAUGGUUUACUAACUUAGCUGUUGAAAAUGACUCUGUAUUUCAGUGUUUCUCCUUUUUAAAAACUGACUGUAAUGCAUUGUCUUAUAAUUUGUGGGGAGGGACACGUCCGUUUUGCGUAGUAGCCGCCCGGUUAGCAGACACAGAGCUACUACUAGCUGCCAUGGAAAAAUUAAACGCACCUUCGCAUUUCGUCAUGGCGUCCAGUGCGGCGAGGGCAGGCCAAGGGGACUUGAUGACUCCUUCCCAUUUCACAUUGUUCCCCAAGUCUGUCCCAUCUGUUGCAAAGCCAGGGUUAAGUGCAAAUGAAGGAGCAAGAGCAUCUUGGGCAGUCCCUUCCCCAUCUGCUCCUGUGGGCACUGCUCAUUCAAAUCCCUGGUUUGCUAUUGCUGAAGCAAAACAAGAGAUUUUGGAACUCCGCCGAGAAAACCAGAGGUUGAUGCAACUGCACGGGGACAUAACUGGGGCACAGAAUCAAAGUUUGCAUGAAGUGGUCACAUCAACGUCUAGGUCUGGAGGCAAGGGUAACCAACUGACCACAAUGUAUGGAGAGACAGAGUGGAGGUUGGACACAGAGAGGCUGAAGGCUGAAGUGGAGCGGUUAAGGGGACAGCUGGAUGCGUUGAAGGAGGCAUCAGGGAGACAGAGGGAUGAGAUUCGAGAGCGAGAAAGCACUCUUAGCAGGCAGAGCUACGAGUUACAGGAGGCCCGUUCUGAACUCUGUCGGAUGAAGGCUGAACUUGGCCAGACUGGAGCUGACCUUUGUCACAGCAGAUUGGAGCAGGAAAGACUAUGUGUAAAGCUGGAAAAACUGAAGAAGGAGCGACAGGAGGAGAGAGAGAAGCUAGAAAAGGAGGUUGAGAGGAGCAGGCAUGAGGCCCAUGUCCUGAGGACCAGGAUAGAACAGGAAAGGCAGGAGCGGGAUGAGGCUGGCAAGCUGGAGGUGCUGAGACUUAAGGAGCAACUGGUGGAGGUACAGAGGAAGAGCCAGACAGAGUUAACAGAGUUGUCUGCGACACACCAGAAAGAAAUGUCUGCUCUCCAGCAAGCCUGUACAGACCUACAGGAUAAACUCGGUGGUUCCACACAAAAGGUAGUCCAGCUAGAAGGCAGCCUGCAGCAAGCAUAUGAUGAGAGGGACAGGCUGAGAGAAGAGCUACGGAAAAUGGAGAGUGCUUUUGACACUCAGUCAGCCACACUGCAAAGCCUGAGGAAUUACAUCGGGCAGCUCACCCCAGAGAGUCAUAAGGAGGAAGAACUCGCCCACACGGUUCAGAAACUGGAAAGAGAAAAGGAGGCUUUACAGGCAACUGCAGAGCUUUUGACUAUAAGGCUGAACUCUCUGAAUGACAUAUUGCUGAUGCAGGAGAAAGAGAUGGAAGAGAAGAUCCUAUUAGAUCCUCUGUCGAAACCUAGUCCUGCGUGCCACAAAGUGCUGCGCUGCUGGAGAGAGAAGGUGUUCACUCUCCUGGUGCAACUUCGCUCUAAGGAAAUCCAGUUGCGAGGGGAGAAGGACAAACUUGUCACCACAAUUUCAACGUUGGAGCAAGAGGUGAAACAACAAACUUACCAGACCAGCGUGCUCCAAUGCAGCCUGGAGGACAAGAGCGCUGAGCUGGACCUUGAGAGAGUUGGGAGACAGACGCUGGAGCGGGAACUGGCUCAGCUUAGAGAUGAAAACACCAUGCUAAAGCAAGUGUAUCAUGAGGCAAAGUCGUCCCUAAAGACAGUAGUGGAGGAUGUUAAAAGAUUCAGUCACUCCUUUGAUGCCAACGUGACAGAGGUGCAGGCAGCUCAAUCCCAUCUCCUUGCUUUGGGCCAGAGACUUACUUUUGCUAAUUUCAGAAUUGAUACUAUCCAAGGGCUUAUAAUGAGGAAAGUAGCACUGUGGAAGGUGCAGCAAGCCACUAAACAGGCAGAGGUUGUUCCUGGAAGGUCCUCCUUCAGCGACCUGCAGGAAGAGCUGGCAGUGACGUGUACAGAGAGGGACCGGCUGGCACAGGAGCUGAAGCGAACCCCCAGCCUCAUCGAGGAGGCUCUUGCCGAAGCCCGUGAACAGUUUGAGUCUGAGUUAAGGCACCUGAGGCAGGCCUUGCAGCAGAGCCGUGAGGAGGCAUUGGAGUUGGGGCGGAGCUGCUCACAGGCCGAGCAGAAGCUACAGGACGCUCAGCAGGAGGUGCAGGAACAUACGGAUAGCAUAGCUCAGCUCCGUGCCCAGCUCGCCAGUCAAGAGGAGCAGAGUGCAAGAGCCCUGAAGGAGAGGCUGUCAGUGGCAGAAGCUGAGUGUACGGAGCGUCUCCGGGAGAUGGAGUCCCAGUUGAAUGCAGCGAGGCGGGAGCACACCAAAGCAGUGGUGACCCUGAGACAGUCAGAGAGGCAGGCAGAGCGCGAAAGGGAGCGAGAGAAGGAGAUCCGUGCCUUACAGGACGAACAGAUCAAGAAGGAAAUUCAGGAUUUACAGAGGCUCCUGCAGGAGACUGGCAGAGAUCGAAACCUGCUUCUGGCAACAGUACGUGAAAACGGGUUGCUGAAGCAGUACAAAAAAGCCAGGACAGCUUCACUGAGAUCGUCAGCAGCUGUUACAGAGCAGCAGUCGGGCGUGUCCUCGGGAAAGACCCAGGUUAUCGGGCCCGGACCUAAACCACCGACUAAAGAAAGCCUCCUCUCUGUCCUGGAUGACCUGCAGGCUCUGAGUGCUGCCAUUGUCAACAGCUCGGACAGUUCUGGCGACGAGGAUGGCAGUGGAGCCAAAGCGUGUAGACAUUCUGAAGCAUUAAGCCAGAGGAACUGACAUGCAAGUGUGUUAGUAAUGGAUAUAAAAUUAAACUUUUCUUUACCCUGUUGCUAUAUAAGGGCAUAAUGUGCAUUAAAAUUGGAUUCCAAACCCUACCUUGUUGAAGAACUGAGGAUGUCACUGCUUCUCAGCGCACUUCAGAUUUGUAGCUCUUAAGUUAAUUGCAUUGCUCUUUUGCUGUGGAAAGUUUGUUUUCAGUGUCUAAUUUUAUGUUUCCUUCUUUCACAUUUGUUUAUAUUAUUAAUAGAAAACAGUUUUGUUCGAAUA